AUGGUACAUUUUGACAAAACUAUUAAAAAGAAAGAGGUAACGUCUAUGGCGUCAAACCAUCCCGCACAUUCAGUGAGUAUUCCUGAACCAGUUAGUACACCCGCUGAACCACCAUUUAAUGGAACAACACGUACAGCAAGUUUACAACGUCGUCACUGCCAAACAGAAAUAACCGGGUUAUCACAGACUAUCGUAACAGCUACCAAAGGAAGUACAUGGUGCACUUUUGUGCCUAUAAAUAAAGAAACUCCUCAGAUACCAUGCGAACCAUUAAUUUUGUCACGCAUAACAGGUCCCAUGCCGACAAUGACAUUAAGUUCCAAUAUUCGCCGAACGUAUAGUCACAUCGAAUUUGGUGACCCUCACUUUGAUACACCUGGACCCAUUGAGUUUCUGGUGGGAGCCGAUAUUUAUGCAAACAUAUUUGGCAACUGUUCGCGUAUAAUACACACUCCAGGUUUACCGUCAGCAUAUGAGACACUUUUUGGUUGGAUAAUCAUAGGUCAGUCGACUGUCAACACUUCGUCGUCGCCGGUAUCAUUACUACUUAUGGCCGAAACAUCUAUCGACAAUAUGUUAUGUAAGUUCUGGGAACUUGAAGAACCUACAAAAUCAACAUUGCCGUUCACCGAUGACCAGAAAUGUGAAGAUCAUUUCAAUCGCACUACGAAACGAGACUCUACAGGACGUUACUCAGUUUCUUUUCCGUUUCGUAUGAACCCAUCUCACCUCGGAGACUCACACGCAAUGGCACUUUCGAGAUUUUAUACUUUAGAACGCAAGUUAUUAAAAGAUCGUGAACUAUAUACUCAGUAUUGUGCGUUUAUGAAACAAUAUGAAGAUCUUGGCCAUAUUUCGUCUUUGCAUUUAAUAUAA